AUGAUUUUGGCUGCGGUCGGUUCUGGCUCAUAUUUCAUGACCCUUGACAUUGAUCCAAGCCAGACGAUUGCUGGUAUCGAUCCCAUGUUUGUGUACUUGGGUGCGACACUUACAUGCACGGGUCUUGGUUGGCUCAUUGGGCCGUCAUUCGGUUCUACUGCAUGGAGUCUUUUGCACCGUCGUCAGGCUAGUCGAAUGGCCCAACGUGACAAGCAAUUCUUUGAUCACAUUCGUAAAAUGCGUGCAGAUCCAACUCGUCAAGUCGUGCACAAUCCAUUGCCAGAUUAUUAUGGAGAAAAAAUUGGCUCGCUUCGCGAGUAUCGUCAUUGGCUUCGCAAGCAGUGUUCAAUGUUUUCCCCAAAGCGCAAAAAAAAAAGAGCAGGGUCGACGGGGCACGUCAUUGAUUCAUAA